AUGUUAAAGAACGCCUAUUUAACGCCUCCGCCAAACAAAAGUGCCAAUCAUCGCUACGGAACCAGGGGAAACGUUGAGAGACAGAAUGGAACUUCAAAGAGUGUAUUAGUGCCAAAGAGUAGCAUAACACAGGUAAACAUCCCGAUAUAUUUUUUAAAUUUUAGGUAAAGAUGAGCUUAUUGACUGGAUGUUUAUGUCUUCUCUUCUAAUCUGGUCCACAAAACUAUUGCCUUGUUUUGCCUUGCCUUGCCUUGCCUUGCCUUGCCUUGCUCAUCUAGCCCCGCUGCCAUCAUCUUGUCCCAUCCUACUCUGUUCUAGUCUUCUCCUAGCUCAACCCUACCUUUAUCUACUCUGACGUACUCUUUUUCUUACUCUGGCUUUGCUUUAGCGCUGUCCUAGCCUUGUUUUAGCCUAUAUUUCCUAGACAUAUUGAAAGCUAUACUUUUGUUUUCUAGCCAAACUUCUGUCUUAUCAUAGCGCCUUCUCUACCCUACCUUACCCAACCUUAUUCCAUCCUAUCUUUCUUCUAGUCUAGCUUUUCCUGAACCAUUCUUUUUAUCUUGUCUAACUUACCUAUUAUAUACAACUUACCCUACCUUAAGCAUAGCCAAUUAAAGCAGCCUAGCUACCACUUUUUUAAUUUUUUUUAAAAUUUUUAUCCGCCUAAUAUCUUUUAAUUGUCUGAAAGUUUGAAAAUAGUUUCGUGGACUAGCGCUUCCGAGUUUCGUCGUUAUCUGACCCCGAAACAAUUGACAACAGGCUUUGGGUUAUACAGGCGCGACAACUCGCCCAUUAAUCAAUGAAUCUCCAAAAUAUAUUCGCACUUUUGUCAUCAACUUUUCUGACUAAACUAUAUCGUUUUUGUCAAGAUUUCUUAAUUAGAAGCAUAUUUUUUAAGCUUUAGGUGUAGUAAAUUAAUAAAUUUUUGAAUUUACCCUAACCUUUUUUGCUGUAAUAAAAAUUUUUACUAUGUUUAAAAUUUAUUACUAAAAACAAUUUUUAUCACGCCCUGCAAUUUGUUCUUAAAAUGUGUGUUACCAUACCCUUAAAAUUAAAAAAAAAAAAUUAGCACGCCCGUAAAAAUUUUUUUUUAGUUAGCUAAAAAAUUUUUUACCACGCCUUAGCCCAGAGCCCUAGCCCAGAGCCUUAGCCCAGAGCCUUAGCCCAGAGCCCUAGCCGUUUGACAUUCUUCUCAAACGUAGCAACUAUCACAACAUCUCGAAACACUGUCUUAAUUUGUCGAUGUUAUCCGGCUUCCGGAUUCUGUCGCAAAGUACGCAAAUUCUCGACAAAACCCCAGUCGGAAUCGUCUCGACUUGUACUUCUUUUUUUUGCGUCAGCGCACUUUAAAGUUAUCUAUCUAAUUUGAGACAAUAUAUCUCAGUGUUUCCGCACCGAAAUCACAAGCGAUAAUCAAUUUAAUCGUUUCGGUGUGCGGCGACGUUUUACCGCGUUGCGCUUAUACGGUACAGGGAUAAAGCUUCUACUCUUCUACAGACGGCAAGGAGAUGGGAAGGGGAGGGGGAGGGAGGGGAGAGAAGAGGGGGGGGGGGGGGGAAGCUGUACGUGCAGUGCAGGGCAGGGUAACAAUGUUGCUAAAGGUUGUGGUUGUAGACUAGAUAGGGUAGGGUAGGGUAGGGUAGGGUAGGGUAGGGUAGGAUGUAUGUUGUACAUUACAGACGGCAGGAGAACGGUGGCAGCAAAACAUCAAAAACCAAAACACUGUAGCAACCUAAGAGUGCUCUUAGGUUGCUACAAUUAAGCGUAGAGAAGCAUCCAUCUGUAGAUAAAGAAAAAGCCGUUUUUCUCAAAAAAACUUUUAAAAAAUUGUUAACCCGAAACGAGGUUAGUCGUUUCAAAUUCUCGCUGAUACCCUUAAUUUCGUCGACGCACUUUUGUGCCCUACAAGAGUGCAGGCGAUUGUUUUUCUUUCCGCUACAACUGAUUUUUCGCUUCGGGUCGAGGGAAUGUUUCUGAUGAUUUUAGAGGAGUUGCUUUGGGAUUGAUGGUAUGUAUUUUAGACUAUAUGUAAAUUUUUUUGGUAAGAAAUAGGAAAAUUAGAUUUUUUUAAUUUUUUGUAUAAAAAUUUGUACGUUAGGAAAGGUUUCAUCGUAUAACACGUCAUCCGCUAACCUUAGAAUUGGAUAAAAAGACAUUUGUACAGAAAGUUUUUGCUAUUUUAUGUUUUGUAAAAAAAGUUUUUGCCAUAUUAUGUUUUGUAAAGAAAGUUAUUGCCAUUUUUUGUUCUGUAAAGAAAGUUGUUGCUAUUUUUGUCUUGUAAAGAAAGUUCUUUCCAUUUUUUGUCUUGUAAAGAAAGUUUCUACCAUUUUAUGUCAUGUAAGGAAAGUUCUUGCUAUUUCUUGGUUUAAAAUUUGGAACUUUAUAAUUUCGAAAUAAAAAUUAGGUUAAUUUUUUGUCACGUCACAAUAUUUUUUUCAAGUUACCAUAGCACUUGUCAGACAUACGACAAAGUAAUGAAUUGAUUCGUGGAUAACCAGUUUUAAAAAGAAACUGUUUGAAACGUUUUUUGUUUCGAUAAGCGUUUUUUUAGGUUUUGGGGUGACCAACUUACUUUUGCGCUGCUGAUAUACUAUCUAAUUAAUCGGAUACACUUUUCAUACUUUUUACUCUGUCAGUUUUUGAUGUUUUUUUUUUUGGGAUUGUCAAUUUAUAGUAGGCUGGUUUGGUUUUGUUGUUUUUUGUAUUUUUUUUUAUUUUUAAAUUUUUAUCUAUCCUUAGCCCUAGCUUUAGAUUUUUGUCUGAUUUUGCCUUAGACUUGCCCUAGCUUUGUCCGAGUCUUUCCCUAGCCUUGCCCUAGCCUUGUUCUAGCCUUGCCCUAGCCAUGUUGUACCCUUGCAUUACUUCGCCCUAGUCUUGCCUUAGCCUUGCCCGAGCAUUGCCCUCCUCUUGUUUUAGCCUUGCCCUGGCCUUGCACGCGCCUUGCCCUAGCCUUGCCUUAGUUUUCUCCUAGCAUUGUCCUACCCUUUUUCUUAUCUUUUCCUAGUCUUGCCCUAGCCUUGCCCUAGCCUUGCCCUAGCCUUGCUUUAGCCUUGCCUUAGCCUUGCCCUAACCUUGCCCUAGCCUUGCCCUAGUCCUUAGCCUUGCCCUAGUCCUUAGCCUUGCCCUAGUCCUAACCCCAACCCUAGUUCUAGCCCAGCUCUAUAUUCAAUCUUACUCCGCCAAGCUUUAUCUUAUCCCAACUGAUUACUCACCCCCCCCCGUCCCGUUUUUUGUCUUAAAUCAUCUGAAAGGUAGCCGCGAGCGCCGUUGUUGUAUAUCGAAAUGUUUCACCACUGUUUUCUUUCCAAUUCUUUCGUUACAUUUUACGGCGCCGCGAGGAUUUUUUUUUGUCAUUUCGAAGAAUGCAAAAAGGAUAAGGAGCGGAGAAAAAAAAGAUAUCGUUGGAUGAUGGUAAAGACGCACCAAACAGGCUGCAACCGAUGAUAAAAUAAACUUUUGGAAACUAUCCAUCCAAUUUACUCUCUAAACGAAGGAUCAAAUGUCACAGAUGGUUUUGGGUUGGGGGAUGGGGUUGUUCGUUUGGGGUUGGCGGCGGGGGUAGUUGGGGUGGAAGGGAGGGGUAUUUGGAGUGGAAAGAAUGGGUACUUGCGAGUAAAAGGGUGAGAUAGCAAACGGAAAAAGAGAGAUAUUUUUAAAAUUUUUUCCGUGUCUUGUCUGUCAAUUUUACAAUUUUUUGUCUAUCUUUUUACUUGUAAGUCUUUUAAUAUAUGUAGAUAUAGGGCUUCAUAUAAAUUAGCAUUAAUAUAAAAAAGCAAAAAAAAACCUAUGUUAGGUACAACGAAAACCAGAUGGUGCCGUAGAAACUGUAAAACAACGGCCAAACAGACCUUUAAAACAGCCGAUUGUCAAGAAACGUACAGUGAAAAGUAGAAACAACAAAAUGUAAGCCUAUAAACAUUAUUAGCGUUUUUAAUGUCUCGCAUUUUUAAAAUCUUAGCAUUGAACUUUGAGUAAAAAAAUUAUUUUUAGCAAACCUCAAAACAAUGCUAGUUCAAAAAAAGUUCAAAAAAGACCAAACUCAACCCUAAAAACAGCUCAAGUUUAUCAAAUUGUAAAGAAAGUUCCUGAAGACGAGUCUCGACCCUCUACAAGUAGCGAUUAUCCGCAACAUUUCGAACCGAGUUCGUAUCAACCAAUAAAUCAACGUUUUGACAAAGGUUCGAAAACAGAACCGGAUUUCAACAAAAAUCAAAUAAAUUACAAUCGAAACAAAAGCGAGUCGGUUAUUAAUGUAGCCGGUCUUGAGCAAUAUGCUUCACGCUGUGAUGAUGAACACGCAAAUCAUGCGGGAUUUGAAAGAAGAUAUGAAGGACAAGAAAGUAAAGAUGUUGUAGACGGUAUUGAAGAUACAGCUUUUGGUAGUACUGAUGGAAAGUCUAGAGAAAGAAAGACAUUUGCUGAUGACACUACUGAUUCAGAAGAAAAAGAAGAAGAUAAUACGGAAGCGAUAGACCUAAGGGAGAAAAAUGUUUAUGAUGACGAUUCAAAUUACAGAACAACUUUAAAAACGUUUUGGGCCUAUCCUAGCAGCUCUAAAAAGUCUUCAAAUGAAGUUAACACCUAUGCCAAACCUUUUGUUCUUACAAAACUAAGACUUCUUAAGAAACGUUCUAAUUUUAAAUACGUAGCAAGCAACGCCAACAUCAACAAUAUGCCUUCAACUGACCCAAAAAAAAGUACAAAUGGAUACAAACAAAAAAUAAUACACCUUUCUUCAAUAGCACCAUUGCCAACCACAAACGGUCAGUCUAAAUCAACAUACAAAACUACGACAUCAAGUUCAAAUAUUAUUGGUGCUAAUAAUGAAGACCUUGAAGCAGAAGCUACUAGUUCAACCCAUAGACUAAAUGGAGUUAACAGUAACGGUUCGUCUGUAGUUUAUAAACUAAAGCCGGCUUUGAACGACGAUGUUACAAUGUAUUCCGGUGCUACAAGCACCGAUUCAAAAAAUGUCAGCCCAGAAGCAUCUACAUCAGAGAUAUUUGUACGGUCGAAACCUUCUUGGGAUCAGUCAAUAAGUAGAGACAGAACGCCCAUUAUAGCAUCAACUAAUCGGCAUAGACAGAUUAAACGUUUUCAAGCGUCAUAUAAACACAAAAUAGUUCCACCACAAUCUUCUUUUGUCACCCAGCACCUUGCAAAUGCAAUGCCUCAAGCCAUAGCUUUCGAUCCAUCUCCACCACCAAAUUUGGCACCACAGUCCUCAACCAAAUCCAAUAACCACGCUGAAAAUGUGGCCUCACAGUCCAAAUUCAACAACAACAAAGACAAUCCAGCAUCACACUCAACCAAAUCCAGCAACAGCGGACCGUCUGCCCAACCAUCAACAACACAGGCCAGCACAGAGAGUUCAACUACCGUGUGCACUUUAACGCGUGACCCGCCGUCGCUGACCACCGAAGCAGCAGAUGGAAUCGGGUAA